AUGACAAAGAUCCCGCUGGCUGUCGUGACUGGGGCCUCGAGGGGCAUCGGCCUGGAGAUUGCCCGACGUUUUCUGGAGAACAAUGUUGCCACUGUGAUGAUAUCAAGAAAUCCGGCUCGGCUCGAAGCCUCGAGGCACGGUUUGCUUGAGAGCACUCCCGGUCUCUCGGCGAGCAGCCUCUUUGCGCUCAAAUGCAACGUUGCUGACCAGACCAGCGUCGACGAGGUUUGGGAGGAGAUCAACUCGCUUGGACAUGUCCACUAUUUGGUCAACGCCGCAGGAAUCGCUGUUGACGGCCUGCUCGUCCAAGCCAAACGAAACGACAUCGAGGCUGUUCUGAACACCAAUCUCUUUGGAACAAUAUCUAUGUGCAAGGCGGCCUCCAAGGUCAUGUUGCGGAAUCGAAAAGGAUCCAUCGUCAACAUAUCCUCGGUCGUUGGCGUUUCUGGGAACGAGGGCCAGUCUAUCUACGCAGCUUCCAAGGCUGGUGUCAUCGGUUUCUCAAAGUCACUUGCCAAAGAGCUUGCGAGCCGCGGUGUCCGGGUCAACUCGGUCUCUCCAGGCUUCAUUGAGACAGACAUGACUGCCCACCUAUCCGACGCCAAGAGAGCUCACUAUAUCUCACGAAUUCCUCUGGGCAAGUUCGGACACCCCCAGGACGUCGCAGAGGGAGUGAUGUAUCUUUUGGAUGCGCCCUAUGUUACCGGUCAGAACCUCGUCAUCGAUGGAGGGCUGCUGGCAUAG